CUUGUGUUCUGAAGGGAGAUCGAUCUAAGACUAGCUACCCCCUGAGUACACACCCUCUGGGCUAGGGCGGGUGCCUUCCGCCACCCGGCCGUGGUUUGCAGCACCACGACAAGACUGUUCGUGAGCUAGAACUUAGAGAGGAAGUGAAUGUAUCUAGGGUUGGAGAGGAGUCAGAAGAAGUCACUUGUGUUGGAAGCUCACAGCCUCACAAAUUAGGGCCAAUUGACAAAUGGACACGUGCUAUUGAUCCUACCAAGGCUGAUUCUUUCAAACAACAGCAGCUGAACAAGGAACUGUGGAAAGAAAGAGAGCAUGAGGUGCACAAGUUUAUUGCAAGAUGGGCCUAUAAUCGUGGAAUACCUUUCAAUGCAUGUGACAAUGAUGAGUUCAAGCAAAUGUGUGAAGCAAUUGGACAAUUUGGACCAGGACUUACACCUCCAACUCAAGAUGCCUUUCGAGGUAGUUUGCUGGAAGAAGAAUAUGCAAGAACCAAGUGUUUGCUGCAGGAACGUGAAGCCGAGAAGAUGAAAAAUGGGUGCUCUAUUAUGACCGAUGCUUGGUCAGAUAGGAAGAGGAGAAGCAUAAUGAAUAUAUGCACUAAUUGUGCUGAUGGAACCUCCUUCAUCAGCUCAAAAGAGGUGUCAGAUGUGUCACACACAAGUGAAGUCAUUUUUGAAUUAGUGGACAAAGCAAUUGAAGACAUUGGUGAAGAAAAUGUGGUGCAAGUAGUCACUGACAAUGCCUCUAACAACAUGGGAGCAAAGAAGCUAUUGCUUGUGAAGAGACCACAAAUAUUUUGGACCUCUUGUGCAGCUCACACAAUCAACUUGAUGCUCCAAGGAAUUGGCAACUUGCCUCGGUUCAAGAAAGUGAUUGACCAAGCAAAAUCAUUUACCAUAUUUGUGUAUGGCCACACAAGAACAUUGGAGUGCUUGAGAUACCUCACAGAGGGGAAAGAGCUAGUGAGGCCAGGAGUGACUAGGUUUGCUUCAUACUUUCUCACUUUGAACAGUAUGCAAGAGAAUGACCAGUUAAGGAAGAUGGUGGUUCAUAGCAGGUGGGACUCAUUAAAGGAUGUGAAAUCAAAGAAAGGAAAAGAGGCCACAGCUACUAUAUUGAGUCCAGCCUUUUGGAAGGAUGUGAAGCUAAUGUUGGCUGUUUUUGAGCCAUUGGUCAAAGUCCUCCGUUUGGUUGAUGGGGAUGUGAAGCCAUCCAUGGGUUUCCUUUAUGGAGAGCUACUAAAGGCAAAGAGAGAGGUCAAAGAGGCCUUUGGCAAUGUUGAGUCUCGAUUCAAAGAUGUUAUGGCUGUAAUUGAGAAGAAGAUGAAUGGAAGACUUGAUUCUCCAUUACAUUUGACAGCUUUUUUGCUGAAUCCACACUAUAGCUAUGCUAACCCAUCAAUCUUUGAUGAGCCCAAAAUGAAUGAAGCCUUUAUAUCUUGUGUUGAGCAAUUUUAUUAUCAUGAUGAGGACCAACAAGAACAGGCUGCCAACUUUGAAUUGAAAAAAAUUCAGAAUAGAGAAUGACCAUUUAGCAAGAAGCUUGCAAGAACUUUUCAAAACUAUGAUUACA